AUGCCAGCAGAAAAUGCGAAUGCUGCAGCACCUCGGGUGGUUUACGUCAAAGAACCCCCGGACUCGACUUUCUGUUGCGGCUGCACCUUCACCUUCGCGCUUCAAGUGUUCGCAGCAAUGGACUUGGUAUUCGGCCUGAUCGGUCUCGUCACUACAGCACUUCAAGGCAUUCAGGCUUCUCAAGUAUCCAGUUAUGCCGACUAUUACGGCGGACCGAUACAUGCGGUUCUGAUGAUGGACUCCACGAAUGAUGCGGCGUAUACUAUUCAGGCAGCCAACUCGGGUCUGACAGCAUCGACGGUUAUUAUGGCCGGUCUAGGACUGCUUGGCGUGUAUCAACAGAAUCCUCUGUAUGUGAGGAUAUACGCCUACUCGUGUGUAGUGCGGGUGCUUGUCCUCGGCUUGCUCACACUUACCUCGCUGCUGUGGAUGAAUACAAUCCUCAGCACUCAGGUUGAUGUACUGGUCAGUUUCAUUGAACAGUUACCACUGUUCGAAUACUUCAAGGAAGCGGAUAUUCCAUUCAGCAUCAACGGCAGCACUAUCGCUUCUCUUUUCGGCUACAUCUGCGGCUUCUUACUCGUGUUGUCUCUGGCAUGUGAGCUUUGCUUCCGAUGCUUUGUGGCGUGGAUAGGCCUGAGGUGUGCCGCUUGUAUUGAGGCACCAGCUCCUGUCGAGGCUCCUGCCCAACCACGCGACCAGGGCGGAGACAAUGUGACGCUGACAAUACCAACAACAGGACAGCCUGGCGAACCGAUACGUCUGGUUGUCGACGGUCAAUCCAUAACACUAGCAGCGCCAACUGCCGAUUCGUCACCUAGCGACAAUGGAGGGCUUCGUCGGCGAUAAUGGUCGAGAGCAGAUGCUUCAACAGAGAGAUUUACUCGAAACCUUAUACUUU